AACACAGAGCUAUGUGUCAGGCUGAACUAGUUCAACCCAGGAGGGAAUGUGUUUGUGCAAGUCAGCUGUACUUUGCCCUCCUCCGUGCUUAGAAAUAAUUACCUGACCCCAAAAAAGUUCCAGGAAAAAACCCAACCCUUGUACUUGUAAAAACUGGUUUAUCACGUGAAAGGCAUCUAUCACGUCUUUGGACAACAAAGAUAUUUGCGAUGAUCACAUUUGAAUACAUCUGGAAGGAAUCAGUAGGUAAGAAUGAGGACAUGUUUGUUAUGUAAAUGACUUGUGAUGGACCUUUGACGUGGUUGCGCAAAACAAGUUGGUCCAGUUUUGCUGGAAGAAUGGCUCUUGUGAAACAUACCGGUGGCUGCCAUUGUGGAGCUGUUCGGUUUGAAGUCUGGAGUGCUCCAGACCUCCAUGUUUUCGACUGCAACUGUAGUAUUUGCACAAAGAAACAAAACCGUCAUUUCAUUGUCCCAAAGGUUAACUUUACUCUUUUGCAGGGUGAGGAUCAUCUGACCACUUAUACGUUCAAUACUCACAUUGCAAAGCACACCUUCUGUAAAAAGUGCGGCGUUCAGAGUUUCUACACGCCACGCUCCAACCCUGAUGGAUACGGUGUCGCUCCACACUGUCUGGAUCUAGGCACAGUGCAAAGUGUUACAGUAGAGAAAUUCUUGGGGGACAAAUGGGAGGAAAGCAUGAAAGCACACAAGACAAUCAAAGACAUGUCAAAACAAAAGAAGGGCAGUCAGUUGGAAGAGACAAAAUAAGUUUGCUGUGGUAUAAAAAUCAGUAUUUUGAUCAGCAUAAAAUACAGUGCAGAUUGACUUUUUUUUUUCACAAGAAUGACUGAACAUACUAAAAUUGUGCUUAUUUUUUUUAGGCAAAACUCUUAUGAGUUUAUUUAGGUCAGCUUAUUCAAGUCAUAAAUAGCAUAGUAUAAAAUCCUAAUACAUUUGAUUAACUUUUGGUCCCCGUGGAAUCAUUUGGAAUGUAUUAACGAACAUGUAGCGUGAGAAAGUGAUGUACAGAUACCGAAACCAAACCAGUUGAGUGCGAUGACAAAGCAUGGCAGCCUAAAAAAAAAAAAAUUGAAAUAAGAAUAAAAUUUAAAUAAUAGAUAAUAGUGGUCAAACUGUCUUUACUGUUCUUACUUUGCACUGCCUGUAGCCAUUGGCGCCUAUUAUGCAGCAGAGCACUGAAGGAAGCAGCCAGCUGACAGGAAGUUCCAGGAAGGAAACAUAUUUCCUUAACAGGCUGACAGUUACCAAGGACAACAGACAGCAGUCUAGGGAACAGGAAGAAAGUUUUUGGUUCAUGUUCAGGACAUUUGCAGAUGAUUAUCAUUCAUGCCGACAAUUUCCUGGCACGUUAGCGGAGUUGAAAAUAAUACAGCGUCCUUAUACGACCCUGGCUGUCAAAUUACAUUGGGCUUAACUAUACACACACACAUCCAAUUUGUUAAAAAGAAAAAUCACAUUUUUUAUUUAGUAACCCUUUUUUCUGCCAACAACAUUUUGAUUCAGACAGUGUAGUGUUUCACUCAUUCCAAGAAAGUGCUUGAUGCAAUGUCAGUGUUUGAACAAAUCUGCCUUUUUUUUAUUUUUAGGAUCUCCCGAAUUUAUUGACCAAAUUUCAAACAGCUUUCUGUUAAUGAAAUUGAAAAUGGGCCAAAAAGGCUUAAAUGUUUUUAUUAGGUUAACUUGCUGUAUAGUCACGUGAAGCUUAAUCACGUUACAGGUCAGUCAGACAGAUGAGGUGUUACUCAGUUCAUUCGGUUUAAAGCUGUAAAACCUGCUUGAGCAUGAUUGAUGACAAGCCUUCUGGUUUUUAGAUGACUCACUGAAGGUUCCGUUUGAUGGAGCCUGGCAACUGUGCUGACUAUUGCGACAUGAUGAAUUGCUCUGUUUCUUAACAGCCCCUGUUGACCUGACUAGCUCUCAAUCUGUUCACAUGUUGCCCCAGUUUCCCUCGGCCCCCUCCCACAUUUCAAAAAGAUGCAUUUUUGAUGAUGGUUAAUUGAAGACUCAUUUGUCCUAUAUUUUGAAAACUAAUCACUAAAGUGGUCCUAAAGCUCACUAUGGACAAUUAAAUGAUUGAAUUUGAA